AUGGAGCGCCCGUCCACCCGCGACGGCUCAUCCACGCCCGCACCAAGCACUCCCUCGCCAUCCAAACGAGCGUCCACUUUUGCAGCAGAAAUUAUGGCGCCUUUCGAUCCCGUCUCCUCGGAGCGCCUCAACAAGCAGCUUGGAUCAGAACAGCGGCUUUCACUCAACAGCCUCGGCUCUCCCACAAAAAAGGGACACUCGCGCGACAGUUCAGUCAGUGAUAAGAUCAAUCAAUUCAACACCCUCGCCUCCCAGAGCAAGCACCUCGAGCGCAAAAACGCCGAUGCUGCUUUGAAGCGCGCCAUGCUGGGCCGCGAAGAGGCAGAGGCCGAGGUGCGCAAGUACAGAGACGACGUGCAAAAGUACAAGGAUGAAGUGCGCGCGCUGAAGAAGGAGCUCGAGGAAGGCAGGGUUAGGGAGAGGAAGGUUGGAGAGCGGUUGGAGACAGUCAUGGAGAACUACGGCCGCACAAAGGAAACGCACGCACACACACAAACCCUAUGGGAGAAGGAGAUCCGACGGAUGCGAAAGGAGACGUUCAAGAGCCAGUCCGCUAUCGUCGACCUGCAGGAGCAGCUCAACGCCGCUCGCGCCGCCCAGAAAUUGGCCGAAGCAUCUCUCGAGCGCGAGAAGGAGCGCAGCGCCGCCCGCGAGCAGGAGGCUUUUCAGGCCAGAUACAAUCAGGUCGGCCUCCAGGAACAGCUCGAGAAGAUCCGGUCCGAGCUGAACCAGGCCCUCGAGCGUGUUAAGCUUGUCGAACAAGAGCGGGAUGCCUUCAAGACUCUGGCCAAAACUGAAGAGGACGUGGCAAGAAUCGCCUCUGAGGGCCGGCUCCCGCUGCCACCAGCUAGUCAAGAGGAUGAGGAGGACGAGUUUGCAAGCCCCAGGAAGUCGAACGACUCCCGCGCCGUGUCGCUAUCCCUGAUCGACAUCAAAUCAUCUGCGGCAAGCGAGAUGGAAAUCGAAGAACUCACGCGUCUCUGGCAAUGGGAGAAACAGCGAGCCGACCGUGCUGCUGACCAGGUCGAAUACCUUGAGGCCGAGUGCAGUCUGCGUGCAUGCUCGUGCAUGAAGAAGCGACCUCGGUCCAGCAUGAUGGGCCUGCUUUCUCCAAAGCGACAAAAACGAGCUGCUGCCGAGCCUCUCCCACCCCUGGCCGACCCGUCGGACCGCAUGAUUCUUAGUGAGAAAGCGACUACUAUCCCUCCGCCAAAUGAGACCUCUGCUCAUGCCGUGAAGCAGCCAACCAAGAAGAAGACCAACAGGAGCGAUGAUAGCGGUGAUAGAAGAGCGACCAUCUUCUUGCCAGAUUUGGGCACGUUUCGUACCGUAAGCAUGGAGGAGGCGGACGCCAUGGAGAGGACCAAGGAGCAGCAGAAGAGGGAUGAGCCUGUCCUGGAGAGUACAGAGCCGGAUGACAAGCCUAUGAAGGAUGCACCCGCACAUGUCGAGAAGGAUGCUGAGCCUGAGCGGUACUCGCGCACCCCUUCCGUUGAGCCACCUUCCUUUGCCAUCCUAGGACAAGAGCGAUCAUCCCUCGUGUCUCUCCUGGACGCACCGCACCAUCAAGAGCAGCCGGUCGAAUUCAAAAUCCCAUCGAUACCUACCACGCCAGGCCUCGUGUCCGAGCAGACCAGGAAAGCUGCCACGGGCGCCUUGCAACAGUCCGGAGCCACCUCACAAGCUGAGACUCGCCCGAACCAGCCCCGACGCCUGCCUCUAGGCUCACAAGAUCCAAACGUGGACAUUUCGACUGCCGCAUUUAGCUUCAAGACGUCCUACAACUCCCGCCCGCACACAACCCAGUCUUUUUACACAUCUACCACUACAACAUCCGUUCCUCUGCGCGAGGAGAACUCAGACCCGAGCAUGGCUAAGAAGCUGCUCGCCUUGCAAAGGACCCCUUCCCGCGGAAGGGUGGGCGACAACGAGGCGCCGACCUGGGACGUAAACAACCCUGCCUUGACCCCCACGAUGACCAGAGAGGAGGCCCUGGCCAAGAUCCGAGAGCGUCGGGGGAGAGCUAAGAGCGGCAACGCAGGCACUGCAACGCCAUACAAGGGUAUGAUCAAGGGCGCGCGGGGCGACAGGAGAAAUGUGAGCGCACCCGCGGGCCGGAAAGGGAGGGUUGGCUCAUGA